UGAACGCCAAUUAAAGAUGUCAGACAACGAAGAGCAAGUCACUUUCGAAUCAGCCGAUGCUGGUGCCGCCAUGACCUACCCAGCUCAAUGCUCCGCUUUAAGAAAGAACGGUCACGUUGUUAUCAAGGGUAGACCAUGCAAGAUCGUCGAUAUGUCCACCUCUAAGACUGGUAAGCACGGUCACGCAAAGGUCAACCUUGUCGCUUUAGAUAUCUUCACUGGUAAGAAGUACGAAGAUGUCUCACCAUCAACCCACAACAUGGAUGUUCCAAACGUCAGAAGAUCAGAAUACCAAUUGGUCAACAUUGACGACGGUUUCUUAAACUUGUUAAAGAAGGACGGUGACUCAAAGGAUGACGUCAAGGUACCAGAAGGCGAAUUAGGUGAGAAGAUCCAAGCUGACUUCGAUGAUGGAAAGGACCUCAUGAUUUCUAUCUUGGAGGCUAUGGGUGAAGAAACUUGUGUUAGUUACAAGGAAGCUCCACAAGGUGCUUAAAAUGGCUGCAUGAUUGCAUUUUUGCAUGCAUCAAUCUUGUCAAAUUUGUUAUUAAUUGAAAAUCUUUGAAAAAGUUCAAAUUAUAAAAUUUUUAUUACUGUGUUAUCCUCUCGAUGUUAU